AUGUACAGGUACAUAUCUUAUCUGGACAUGCUGAUCAAAGUGUGUAAGAGCGCGUCGGCGUGCGUCUCGGCUCUGAGCAAGUUCUACAAUUCGUCCAAUGCGAUCUCGUCCGCCGCCCUCGAUACGACCAUGACCUGCUCGAAUGUGCCCACCGUAUACUCGGCCUCGCAGAUGUCGUGUAGCGUCAACCAGCCGACGUUACAGGCCAUCUUUCCCGGCGUGGCGGAAUUAACUAUUUCGCGCUCACUCAAUUCGUCGCGCGUCCCGGGUUCCGACCGCGCGCUCAACCAGGCCGGCAUUGCUAGCGGAACGGCCGAGGCUUGGGCCCAACUCUGGCUUAACGGCAUCGAACAGUUCUACUGUCACGCAACAGAGUGUAACCAGACCAUUACGCAGAAAAGCACCUUCAAUUCGUCGCUGUGGGAGUGCACCGGGCUCGCGUGUACUUGUCGGCCUGGGUCGUCGUUCUGCGGCGGCGGCCAAGCGGCCGCCCAGAACCUCACGGGCCCGAUUAAUGGUCUCACGGGACCUCUGUUGAUCGACUGCGGCGAUGGCACGUGCCAGUUCAAACAGUCAUUCUUGAACGCCCUCUUUGGUGCAAACGGCCUCACAUUGUCCGACUGCUCAUUCGGAGAAUGUGUCGAGCAGUUCGUCAUCAACCAGGCGAUGGGAAUUGUCGGCCACACCAGCACCAGUGAUGGGUUGAGCGGCGGCGUGAUUGCUGGCUUGGCGGUCGUUGGCGCCAUCAUCCUCGCCAUUAUUUUGAUUACGAUCUGGGGUCUCAUCGUGCGUAACAAGGCGCGCAAGGCUGUUGGCGACGCUGCGUUCGAGAAGCGCGGUUCUGGGGUCGGGCUAGCGUGGAGCGGGGUUGGAUACGAAGUCAAGUCGCACGGCCGGGGACUAUACGCCACGACAUUGAGCUGGUUACGUGGUUGGGGUUCGCCGACGACCCACGCCCACGACCAGGAGGACGGGUCUGGGAUCGGACCGAAUGGUGGCCGUAUCGUGCUCCGCGAUACGCGCGGUGACCUCCCGGCCGGUGGAUUCUGCUGUGUCCUCGGCCCCUCGGGUGCCGGCAAGUCGACGCUCAUCGACAUUCUCGCGGGUAAGCGCAAGGCCGGCCGCGUAGAGGGCAAGGUCGCGUAUAUCCACGACGGGCACCAGCGCGUCAAGGUCGGCUACUGCGACCAGUCUGACGUUCUCUCACCAACCGCGACCGUGCUCGAGACCCUCCAGUUCGCAGCAUACCUCCGCCUCCCCGAGAACAUUCCCAAGGCAGUCAAGGACGAGCGCGCGCUCCAGGUUCUCCACGAGCUGGGACUGGAACACAUUGCCCAAACUCGCGUCGGGUCCGGCGAACACCGCGGCAUCUCGGGCGGCGAGAUGCGUCGCGUCUCGAUCGGCGUCGAACUCGUCGCUGAUCCCGACGUGCUUGUUCUCGACGAGCCUACGUCCGGCCUCGACUCGGUCAGCGCCGCUCGUAUCGUGUCCCUCCUCAAAGCACUUGCUGAGGAGCACCGUACCACCAUCAUCGCAUCGAUCCACCAGCCCAGCUCGGCACUGUACCACUCUUUCGCGCAGGUAUUGCUCCUCGCCAACGGCCGCCAACUCUACUUCGGUCCUGGAGGUUCGGUGCCAGCAGACUUCUUCGCCAAGUACGGAUACCCCUGUCCGCCGGGGUACAAUGUCGCCGACCACCUGAUCGAAAUCGCCACCGAGAACCCACAAGGUCUCCCAACCGGUGCUGAUGCGGCGCUCUCAACUCGUCCUCCAAUCGACUCAUACGCGUCCGACAACUCGCAUAAGGCUGAACAAGAUGGUAACAUCCCCCUAAAAACUUUGAGUCGGAUGAGCAACGAAUUCGAUCUAGCCCAAAUCCAGCAGGCGAGCACUGAGCGAAAGUGGUGGCCAACCUCGCACCCAGCCACGACCUUCCUCACCCAGCUCGGCGUACUCGCAACCCGCGAGUGGAGAAUGCUCAUGCGCGACAAGACCCUCCUCCUAACCCACGUCCUUAUAUCAGCCAUCAUUGGCGUCUUUGCAGGCGGCCUAUACUUCAACGUCAACCUAACCAUUGCGGGGUUCCAGAACCGCGUUGGAUCACUCUUCUUCCUCGGCGCCCUCAUUAGCUUUACCUCGCUGAGUGCGCUGAACAACAUGGUCGAGAUGCGGCCCCUCUUCCUCCGCGAACGUUCUGGCGACUAUUACAGCCCGCAGGCCUGGCUUGUCUCGCGUCUGCUCUUUGAUGUAGUGCCCCUCCGCAUCUUGCCCGCCAUUAUCGUUUCCGUUAUCUUGUAUUUCAUGGUCGGGCUCGCGCACAACGCUGCAAACUUCUUCAAGUUCCUUCUGAUUGCGGUCGAGUUCGCAAUCGUCAUGGCGCUGUACAACUUCCUCCUUCCCAGCGUGUUCACCCAUCCAAGUGUGGCCACUCUUCUGUCGUCCGCGUUUUUGCUGUUCAACCUGACCUUUGCUGGCUUCUUCAUCAACAUCUCCAACAUUCCCCCCGUCCUCCGCUGGCUUCGCUAUCUCGCCCCGCUUGGAUAUAUGCUCGAAGCGCUGACUGUCAACGAAGUUGGAUCGGGCCUCAUGAUCGUCGACGUGCUCCAGGGCGUUCCCAUCGAAAUCUCGGCCGUGCCAAUCAUGCAGUCGCUCUUCGGGUUCGUCGAGGGGCAUUAUUACCGCAACGUCCUGAUCCUGUUUGGGUGGAUCGCGGGGUUCCUGUUGAUGCUGGUGGGUACGGUUAUUUACUUCUUGCGCGAGAAGCGCUAG